UGUGUCAUUUGUGUUUUCAGUUUAGCAGUUUUAGCUAUUUUGAUUUUAAAAAGAAAAAUACCACGAACAUUCUCAGUCGUUCCCACAAACACGGCUGUUUGCAAUCAAGAUCAAGAACUUAAAAUUGUACAGUUUUUACAGAAGUAAUUACUGAAAAUAAAAGGUUAAUAAUGGGAGACUGCGAGAAUGAAAACGACCAUAUGAAAAGAAACAAGGACCGCAGUCCUUCCCCAGGUAUCAAAUCUACAGCUGUAGUGAAGUACACAGCAUUCCAGAGUCCUGUGGGGUAUGCUAGACUGCAAUGUAAUACAGAUCUCAACAUGCCCCCCUCUAACUGGGGGGCGGCUAUUGAUUCAUAUGGCUUGAAACAGAUAUUGACUCGAGGGACUGGAUUUUCAAGCUUUAGAAUGGCGCACAUGUUUCCCGACUGUGUGGGUGAGGUGGAUGUAAUAUCUGAUGCAGAGUGCAUCAAGAAACUACUAAAAUUGCCAUACCAGCCUAAUGGAACAGUCAGUAUGAUGGUUCAUCGAGUGGAAAACACCUUACUACUUGAUGAUUUUGAUGUCUAUGAUUAUUUGAUGAAGUCGGAAUGGUCGUGGUUGAAGGACUUUUUCUAUGAAAACAUAGUAAAGACUAUGUCAGAACAGGAAAGGAUGUCAUUGACCCCUGGGCCUGGGGCGAGGCAAGCUUUGCAGUUGACACAACAGUUUCUAUCGCACAGUGUUGUAGAGCGACCAUCUCCUUUGGAACCUCCUGCACAUGCUAAAAACACACCUAUGUGUCUUGCGGGUCCAUUUCUACCAGAGCCCGAAACGAAAGUAGAAGGUCCUUCAAACGAGCAACCUUAUAAUAGAAAUGUAUUAUGGACAUUCGAAGAUAUUCACAUGUUAGUUGGCAGCGAUUUGCCAAUAUUUGGUGAUAAGGACCGACCUUGUGUCAGUCUCCGCUUAAGAGAUGCUAGAGACCCCAUAAAUGUACUAACAGGGAUCGAUUAUUGGUUAGAUAAUUUAAUGUGCAAUGUUCCGGAAGUGUUAAUGUGUUACCAUUUAGAUGGUAUUGUGCAGAAAUAUGAACCGAUGAAGACUGAAGAACUACCGAAUAUGGAGAAUUCUAAAUUCUCACCUAAAGUGAUAAGGAAUGUGGCUCAGAAUAUAUUAUCAUUUUUAAAAUCUAAUGUUACUAAAGCGGGACAUACUUAUUGGUUGUUUAAAGGGCCUCAUGAUGAUGUGGUUAAGUUAUAUGACUUAACGUCUUUAUGUCCUGAUAGUUUAGACAACCCUUUCACAACACCCGUAGCGAUGUUGUUAUACAGGGUGGCUAGGAAUAUGAGAUUGACUAAUCGGUCUAGACAUGUCAAACAGUUGUUGGAACAUGUUGUUAAGUUGUUGAAGAUAGAAAGGUAUCCGCAAAUUGUUGCUUCUUCUCAUUAUAUGUUGGCGGAUUUGUAUGUACCGGCGACAACUAACCCUGCGAAUCCAGAUUUUAAAGAUGAAAGUUCAGAUUCGGAAGAUGAAGGGGAUUUUACAGAGUUUGCGAGGGAAGCAACGGCCGAUGAUACGAGUGAAAGAGACGGGGAAUGUGACACCAAAACGUGCAAAAGGGAUGAAGAUAACGACAAAGUUGAGAUUACUAGUGAACAUUCAGAUAAGGAGGAAGACACUAACGAGGCUGAUAAGGAAGAGGAAAUCAAGGACAAUGGCGGCCGUGAGUUGGCGCUCAGACAUAUCGGAGAUCGGGUCAAAGAUACAGCACCGGAUGCUAAAGAGAAGUCGUCAAGUAGCGGAGGUUUGGGAGUACAAGUGCCGGAGCGAUGUGGGCGCGCGCUCAGACAUGCUUUGCGAGGUCUUUGUGCACUGCACCAUGUUACUAUCGGCAGGAAUAAGGAUGAAGAACGUGAACGUUUGAAACAACAAAUAAUAAUAGAAGAGCAACAUCCUAAAAUGGCGAAUCCUUACGAACCAAUAAAAAUGAACUACGAACCGUUAAAAAAGAAACAAGAUCCAAAAGAACAUGUAUCUAGAAGUAGAAGAAGGAAACGAGAGAGGAAGAACACAGAAAAAACUGGAAACUAUUUAAUAGAAGCUAAUUCGAAUAUAGAUAAGAACGCCAUUUUGAUUCGCAAGGAAAACAAGAUGGCGUCCUGGCAUGAACCGAAUCGUGAUGAUAAUUUCGCUUGGAAAUUACAUUUGAAGACGUUGUUGUAUGAAAAAAUUUGUCUCGCAUACGCGACUUUAGCAGAAUAUAGUUACUCACAUGAGCAAUAUGGUUUCUCGUUAAAAUAUAUUGACAUGGCGAGUAAAUGUCAAACUUUAUUAAGUAACAUGAUAAUAAAAAGUCGCGUUGUCGACGCUAGUUGUUUGAUAGGUCGCGUUGGAGAUAAUUUCUUUCAGCUCAGCAAACAUUGGAAUAGAUUGGAACAGUUUAGGAAGCAAUUCGAAACGGAUCAUGAAAUUGACAGCAGUAUCAAAAUGGAGAUUGAGAAUGAUAUGUGUGAAGAAAUAGAAGGUGACGCCAAGGAUGAGUUUGAUUUAGAUAUAUCGCUGCCGUCGAGCGAGACGGAGGCGAUGCUGCAGUCGUGCGGGCACUACCGGCGCGCGGGGUGCGCGGGGCACGCUGCAGCAGACAAGCGGCCCGAGCUGCUGCGCCGCCUCGCCUCCGUCUGCAACGAGCUCGCCGUGCGCUUCAUGAAUGAUGCACAACAAAUUUAUAUGAAAUACGUAGAGGAACCUGACCAAAAGGAUCCUAAAGCUAAAUUAUUACUAAAACAGUUUAAUAAUCUGUCCAAAAGGUCAUCAGAAUGUUUAGACGAAGCGACAGCGAUAUUUGAACAAGUUAAUGAUAUACCCAAUUUAGCAUUAUUAUAUUGUAAUAAAGGAAGAUAUAUGCGUUUCAAAGCGCAUUGCGAUCAAGGUGGAUUUGGUGCGGAAAAGAGAAGUCUGUACAACCAGGCGGAGGAGCUAUACCUAUCAGCUCUGAAGUUGCUUGGUCCUCGCGAGUCGUGCGGCGCCGCCUCCAUCUGGGAGCUGGUCUGCUGGGAGCUGUCCUGCCAUCUGUACACGCGCGCCGUGCUCAUGCAGGACUGUCCUGGCUUGUAUACUAAUGAGGUGACGGAGGUGGCGGAGGCGUUCAAGCACGCGCUCAAGUACUGUCCUCUCAGUCCGGGCCCGCGCCAGUACUUGUACCAGUUUAGGGCAGCCAUGAUAUACCACAGACUGGGAUCACUAUACCACUCGCAGUUCAGAAUAACUGUCGAGGAAGGCGCCCGUCGCCGGGCAUUGUUAAACGCAACCCGUAUACAAUAUGAAUCCGCGGCGAAUCUAUUCGCUGUCCUGGAAGACGCUGGAAUGGUGCUCACUGUCCGACUGGAACACGUCGCAGCGAUGGAGACGCAAGCUGCUGUGUCACCUAACCUAAAACUGAAAUCAUUACAAACCGCAGUCCAACUUUUACGUCAAUGUCAUUCUGUAAUGACAUUACUAAAAAACAAAGAUCCAGAAGAGAAGGAGCCACCGAAACCCGAAGACGUUGACGAGAAGACAAUAAAGAACGAACACAGUCUUCUUUCUUUAUACGAAAAUAGGUUGCAUUUUAUACUAAAAAGUAUAAUACAAUAUUGUAGGUCGAAAUCAAAUAAAGAUUAUGACAAAAUGACAGAUAUGUAUAAAAAAUUGUAUUGUGCCAGUUUGAAAAUUAAAAAGAAUGAUGAUAUAAGAUUGUAUGCGGCCAGUAUUUGUGACGUACUCACUUCUAUGGACGAGAUAUCGAAGGAGUUCGAAUAGUGCCUUGUUAUUUUAAGAGAAAUAAAAAACAAUUGACUAAAAUACAAUUUUUUUUUCAUCUGUAACCAUCUACUAAUGUGAUUUAUGUGACUGACUAAUUAAAUUAGUUUUUUAAGGUUUAUUUAAGUUUUUGUCAAAACGAUUAAAAAAAACAUGGUU